ACACUCAACUGCCAAAAUCAUCUGAAAUCUGUCAUAUUCCCAAAAACCAGUGAAAUAAAUACAUUGUUUUAUUUACGUAAUAAAUAGCCGAAAUGAUAUAAAUAGUCGAUAAAAUGCACAAGUCAACUUAUAUAUUUCGUUUAGAAAAGUUUGUGAAUAUAAAUCCGUGUAGUGGUACUUUCACGGCGCGAAGGAUUACAUCGAAGUCCGAGAAACAACUGGAAGAAUGUUACAGUCUCCUAAACAUCCCACUGCACUCCAAGCAGGAUGUUGUGCGCAAAGCGUUUCUGGAGCUUGCAAAGAAGUACCAUCCAGACUCAGGGUCAGCUGAUGCAGACAUGGACAAGUUUGUUGCUGUAGAGAAAGCCUUCAGAGUGAUCACCAAGCAUAAUACUGGAGUUAGCAAUAAGGAGGAAGUCGAGAAGAUUGUUUAUGAUAUUAGGCACACAGCACCACAACAUCGCCAGUACCUAAGCUUUGAAGGGGUCGGUCAUGGCACACCUUCUCAGCGUGAGAAGCAGUGGAUCCAGGCUCGAGCACAAAGAGCAGCCGUCAAUGUUAUGGAACACCGUAUGUCCAAGGCGGUGGCUACAGAAAAAACCCUCAUGAAGAAAGGGCAGUACGGAAAGAAGCAUGACAUCAAAACAAAGUAUGGUUUUGAUAGACUUGUAGAGGAUUUGAUACAAGAGUCAAUGUCGAAAGGAGAGUUUGAAAAUCUGAGCGGAAAAGGGAAGCCUUUGAAAGACCAGAAUACUAAUCCGUAUGUGGAUUUUACAACUCAUAAACUAAAUGAGGUACUUAUAAAUAACGGAUUUAUGCCAGAAUGGAUAACAAUGAGCAAAGAAAUAGAUCAAGAUAUUGAGUCAUUGAAAGAGGAGAUAAAAUCAGAAAGGAUGUAUUUGGGUCCUUACCCACUAACAGGAAAUGAUGUUGCAAAGUGGCAACGUAUUUACCAAAGUAAUCUAGACUUAGCAAAAUCUAUAAAUACUAAAAUAAAUACAUUUAAUUUAAUAGUCCCUUUAAUAAAUAAACAGAAAUUUCAUGUUGAAUAUGAUAAGAUUUGUGAAGAAAUAUUGCAAAAUGGACUACAUUCUGUAGAAAGAGAUAUUGUUGCAGAAAAAAAGAAUAAAGAAGUGGUUGUAUCACAGGAUGAUGAUUUGUUUAGCACAGUUUACAAGGCUUUUGAAGAAUUAUUUACUUUUAAUAAAGAUAAGAAAUAAGAUUAUGGGCACAGGAUAUGUUCCUGUGCCAUAUUUAUAACAAUUUUAGUAAAAUAUGCAUAUAGACAUUAGGUAAUUAUCUUUGUAUGCCUAUAAAGUAGACUCUCCGCAUCAUUGAUGUCGAAUGAUCUGUGAUAAAAAAUUAAUAAAAAAACAAAACACAUUGAAAA